AUGGAUACAACUACAAAUAUUAAUACAAGGCAAAAAGAGGAUAAAGAUGAAAAGGAGAUAUACAGACAACAACUCAUUAAAAGAGUGUUGACCAAUACACUGUACUUUAGGAUGAUAUUGCUAUCGUUGUAUUGUGAUGAAAGAAACAAGUUUGUGGAGGAUAAUGAAGAAGAAGACAAAUACAGUAGCAGCAGCGGUAUGAUGUCAUCAUCAUUCAAUUACAAGAGGAGAUAUAGUGUUAGAAAAAAAUACCAUGAUUAUCGUACUGUCAAGAACAUCACCAAGUUUGGUCACGACUCUCUGCUCAAGGAAAAGAUCGUCAAGGGACACUUUCAAGAACUCAGAUACAAAGAUAUUGUACCAAUAUGUCAAUACGUCAAAGAUAUAGAUACAUUCAAUAUCGUAUAUACAAGAUACAAACAUCUAUUCGAUACCGAGCCUUGGGAACUACUAGUUGGUGCGGCAACCCACAACACCAACUUCCAAGUUAUCAAGAUACUCAAUGAAAAUGUAGAUGCCUAUAAAAUACAACUGACUCGACUAUCACAACUAUCACAACAACAACAACAACAACAAAUACUUCAACAACAACAACUACAACAACAACUACAACAACAGCUACAACUACCAACAUUUAAUAUCGACAAUAAGAGUUGUGAUACAGUGUUGACAAGAUCGACUUUUAUAAAUGCAAUCGAAUUGUUAAAACGAGUUAGAGAUGUUGGUAUAUUCAAAUAUAUGUUUGGUGUAAUGGUCGAAGCAGGCAUACCAGUGAAUACAUUGUUUGAUAACAUUUUUCAUUAUCAGAAUCCCUGUACAAACGAUAUUAUCGAUUUCCUUUGGUCGUAUGACCAAAGGCAAUGUCAUCGUCAUCUAAAUAGUUUGAAAAGGUCUUUUUCACUUGGAUCUAAACCUCCUUAUAUUCCAGGCCCACAAGAGGAAGAAGUAGAAAUCAACCAAGUUGUAACUACCUUUUUAGAGACCUAUCCAAAUUACUUUAAAGGUGAUGUAGUUAGACAACAAACUUUCAUAUCACAUAUGGCCUAUUUCGAAAUAUCGAGACAGUUGACCAAAGAAUUGAUCGAGAUGGUCAACCAUCCUUCAAUCACAAGAUAUUGGUUGCAAGUUGAACCUCACAACACUGCAUUUGUAAAGAUUUGUCAGUAUGGUACACUAGAGCAAAUGAGGACAUUUCAACUAUCUGGAUCCGAUCUAUACAGAAGGGAUUUCUUGUCAACGAUUAAAUUAAGAGAUUUCCAAAAUAGAUUGGAUUCCCAAAUCGAUAUUGUCGAACAUUGGUUUCAACAUUUUUAUAUUGAUUCCUAUCAUCCACCUCCACAACAUCAUCAUCAACAACAACACAACGACCAUUAUGAUGAUGGUGGAUAUCCUCAACCACCCUUUAACGAUGAAGAUGUUAUCGAUGAUGAAUAUGCACAUAUAAAUGUAUUUACUUAUCCAUAUCGAAUUGGAUCCAUUGAUGCUCCACAAAAACCAAGAUUUGCACCAAAAACACAAAGAGGUUUAGAGUUUUUAUUGAGGUACAAUAACAAGGUACCAGAAAUUGACUCUUUUGCAAUCGAUAUGACCUAUUUUGAUUUAAACAUGCUCAACUUUUGUAUUCAAAAAGGUAUAAAGUGUGACGGUUCAUUUAUUAUACAUCAUUUAAAACUUGGUAAUUUGGAGACUAUCAAAUAUUUGGUUGAAAAGUUGGGGCUUUGGAAAGACUGUUUCUCAUGUAUGGAGCUGUCACUAAACUAUGGUAACCUUCAUAUUGGAUACUAUCUGGUUGAAUCGAUGCCAAAAGGGUUCAAUAUGGAACAGGGAUUAGCAUCCAACCUAUUAAAUCCACUGGCAUUCCAGUUGGGUGCUACAGGAGAUAUACAACUCAUCCAACAAAUUGGUCUGGCUCGUAGAAGAAUAAAGUAUGCAUUGGAAGGAGCUAUUAAAUUUGGUAAAUUAGAGUGUGUCAAAUUCCUAUUGGAACCACAUCAUUGGGAUCCAUGCAAGACAUCGAUGAAACUACGACUACCCAAAGUCAUCAAAUACAAUGCUACAGGUGUUUUGGAUUACUAUGUCAGUCAUCAAAGUCGGUUACUAGCAAUGUUUGAUGACCAAGUUAUACUCAGUCAUAUCCUAAGUUGUGGUAAUCCAUAUCUUUUAAAGUGGCUUGCAAAUGGAAGAAGAUGGCCAAACCCUCAACAAAAAGAAGUUGUCGAUGCAAAGGUAUUGGCAUUAUUGACUAAAUAUGUUAAACGGGCCAAAGAAUUUAUCAUGGUUCAUUUGGACGAUAGUUGUAAACACAAUCUAGAUAUCCUUCUUUACGCCUAUCAAGUUGGCUUCUUAUUUAAAGAUGGAGUCGCCAUUGAAGAGAAGAAAUUAAAUUUUGCUUUUCUCAAACAUUAUCAAAAAAUAUUGGCAAUCUAUUUAAAUUAUAAUCAAGAUAUUCGUCAAGAAAAUAAUAAUCAAGAUCAAAGUAAUAAUAAUAAUAAUAAUAAUCAAAGUAAUCAAAAUCAAAAUAAUCAAAAUCAAAAUAAUAGUCAACAUAAUAAUAAUAAUAAUAAUAAUAAUAAUAAUAAUAAUAAUAAUAAUAAUAAUUACAAUAAUAAUAGUCAAAAUAAUAAUAGUAUGGAUACUAGUAUGGGUGAUAAUAAUUUAAGUUAUGCUAGUGAAUAUGAUGAUGACUUUGAAUUUGAUUUUGACGAACACGAUACCCAAGAAAGUAAUGUCGAUAAUAUCAAUAAUAUUGUAAAUAAUAGUAAUAAUGAAGAUGGAAUUCAAAAGAAAAGAAAGGCUGAAGAAGAAUUAAAUAAAACUGUACAAUAG